AUGGAAAGUCGGCAAGACGACAUUGCCAGCGCCAAAUCAUGGCUUCCCAACUUCCUUCGUGGAGACACAACCAAGAAGUCUUCCGACUCGGCCUCCUCUACCCCGCCCAAUGAGGAGACUUCUCUUCUGCCCAAGCCCCAAGACGAGCAAGAGGAAGGAGAGGUCUACGAGCUCGAAGAUGGCAACCAAAGCACCACCGCGCUCGUCCGCCGCGAGUUCUGGGUCCUCUUCAGAGGCUCCGUCCCUGUCAUCCUCGCAUACACCCUCCAAAACUCCCUGCAGACUGCGUCCGUCCUGAUCGUCGGCCGACUAUCCCCAGAGGCACUCGCGACGGCUGCCUUCUCGUACAUGUUUGCCAUGUCCACGGGAUGGCUUAUCGCGCUUGGUGGCACCACCGCCAUCGACACUCUCGCGUCUGCUACGUUUACAGGAAGCAAAAACAAGCACGACCUAGGUGUCAUAUUGCAGCGGGCAUUCAUCGUGCUGGCACUCUUCUACGUCCCUGUUGCCCUCCUAUGGAUCUUCUCUGAGCCGGUCUUCAAGGCCCUUGGACAGGAGGCCUACAUCGCACGCGACUCGGCCCGCUUCCUCUCCGUGCUGGUGCCCGGCGGGCUCGGGUACAUCUACUUUGAGGCCCUGAAGAAGUAUCUACAAGCACAAGAGAUCAUGCGCCCCGGAACCUAUACCCUCUUAAUAACCUCCCCCCUCAACGCAGGCCUCAACUACCUUCUCGUCUACACAUUCGACUUCGGUCUCCUCGGCGCGCCCAUCGCCACCGGCAUAUCCUACUGGCUCAGUUUCCUGCUCCUCCUCUUCUACACCCGCUUCGUUGCCGGCUUCGAAUGCUGGGGCGGCUGGUCCCGCGCCUGCCUGCGCAACAUGGGCACCUUUGCGCGCCUCGCCGCCCUCGGCAUUGUCCACGUCGGCACCGAGUGGUGGGCCUUCGAGAUCGUGGCGCUGGCUGCCGGCCGCCUGGGUACCAUCCCCCUCGCCGCCCAGUCCGUCAUCAUGACUACUGAUCAGGUGAUGAAUACGAUUCCCUUCGGCAUCGGCGUCGCGACUUCCAGCCGUGUGGGGAACCUGCUGGGCGCGCGCAAUGCGAGGGGUGCGGCGCGCGCGGCGAACACGGCGGCAUGGCUGAGCAUGAUCGCCGGCGUGGCCGUGCUGGCCGUGCUGAUGGGCGUCAAGGACUUCUACGCGCGCAUCUUCAACGAUGAUGUCCGCGUCGUCACACUCACAGCGCAGGUCAUGCCCUACGUCGCGUUGUUCCAGAUCGCGGACGGGCUAAACGGGUCGUGUGGCGGGGCGCUUAGGGGCAUGGGGAGACAGCAUAUUGGCGCCGCGGUCAACAUCGUGAGCUAUUACUGCGGCGCGUUGCCGCUGGGAAUAUGGCUUGCGUUUCAUGGGUGGGGGCUUGGAGGGCUGUGGGUCGGGCAGUGCAUUGCGCUGUAUUUGGUCGGGUUUAUCGAGUGGGCGAUCGUGGCAUGGAGUGAUUGGGAGUGGCAGGUUGAGAAGGCGUUUGAGAGGAUGGAUCACGAUGAGCGCGCGGAGAUUGGGGGGAUGACAAGGGCGGUGGAUGCGGCGGAGGACGAUGGGAGGGUGGAGUAG